CUCUCAAUCAUCAUCACACAUGGACGGGCUGCAUAUUUUUAUCAUCGUUCUCUUGGGUAAUUAUUUUUGAUAUAAAUGUUAAAUUGUUAAGUAUGAUACCAUUUGGAGAAUAAAACAUUCUCAUUGCUGUUGGUUUGAGCAGGAACCUGCACCUGCUGCGUACAGGGGUUAAUCUUAUUGUACGUGUUGUCAUAUGUGAUCAUGUAGAAAACAUCCAAACCAAGAUAUCACGUCUUCACACCAAUAGAACACAACCACUGAAGAACAUUUUCCACUUCAUUGGCCAAUCACCACUUAUACUUCCUUUGACUGAAAAGUCUGCGCGGGGCAUUAUAUCUGUGAGAAAGACGCUGGCCAGCAUCACACAUGGACAGGCUGCACAUAUUUCUGUUCGCUCUCUUGGGAGUUGUUUCCUGCAGUAAUGAUUCAAUUUCUGGAUCAGUGUUGGAGGUGUCAGUCAGACCAGGAGACAACAUCACUCUCUACUGUGAUUGCAAAUUAUCAACCGGAGUAUACAUAGUGUGGUACAGGAACUGUUCUCAUGAGAACCAACCUCCUCUUGUUCUUAAAGUAAAACUUGGCAAUUUUAUUCCUAAGACUCUGAAACAUUUUGAUUUUUUUAAAAACGUUUCUUCUGAAUCCUAUGACCUGUUCAUCAUGAACAUCACCGAGUCUGAUGAGGGCCUCUACUACUGUGGAACUGAAACAAUUAAAGUGGAAGACAAAGAAUACAUUACUCAGAGACAUCUUUACACAUAUGGCAACGUCACAACAAGGAUCAUAUUCAAUUCCAGCCCAAACCCUGACUCUGCACCAACAGUGUCCUGGAUGGUGGUGUUUGCUCCAGCCUUCACUAUUCUCUCCUCCUUCAUCUCCUUUAUUUUGCUGUAUCACUUUUGUCAGAAAGCAGCUCAGGAACCUCAAGUUCUCCAGAAAAGACCGGACACCACAGGAAAAACAAGUUGGGAUCAGGAUGAAGAUCUGUGCCUCACACGAGUUGUCUUCCGGGCUAAGGAUGGACAAACGCACCGAUAGACAGAGGACAGACAGAAAACGCACAUUUGCUUUAGACAGACCGAAAGCAGAAAGUUCAAAUUCCGGUUUUACUCAACAUUUCCUCUGGUUUUUCUGUUCCAUUUAAUUUACCCUGUGGUUUAAGACCCUGCUGACCCAGAUGAGUGAGCGUAAGAUUUAUUAAAUCAGCCAGAAAAUGAUUGUCUCUUUUUUCUGUUUCAUGCAUUUUCACAAACUGUUUUAAAUUUACUUUUCUUAUUCUAACUUCAUCAUCAUGUUAGGCAUUCCAGCUGAUUUACAUGUUGUUUGAUUUAGAUGAGUUUGUAUUAAGAAUUAGAUAUUCUGUUUAACAUGUAGAACACGUAUUUCAUGGAAGUUUCUCACUAUAUUUGCUUCUUUACUUGUGAUAAUAUUACAUUUUAAAAACAUGCACCUGCCAAAUUUGUGUUUCUAAACUUGUUUCUGAACUGCAAAUUGCUAGUAAAGACUUCUCCUUCAA